AUGAGCUUUAUCAAUUUCCCUAUCCUUUUACCGAGAACCAAUAACACCACCACCAUGCAGAACAUCUCACUCACCGAAGACGUUAAAGAGGUCAUCAAUAAGUUGCGCAUCGUCGCAGCAGACAUGGACGCAUGCGAAAUAUACAGAAACUCGAUUGGCUGGCAAUAUGGCGGUUACAAAAUCGAAGCUCAACUCAACCACUUGAAAGUUGAGUUGGAAAAGAAGAAGAAAAAGAAAAACAAUUGCAAAGUGGCUGAGAUAAAGAUGAUCCGUUUCCUUAAGAACGCCAACGUUGUCAACCCGACAAACAGCUUGAUUCUGAUUCCCGUCAAUGGCGACGCGCUCUUUGGGAAUGCAACGGUAAUACCGGAUGAGGGCUAUUAUACAGAUGAAGACCAGCGACCAUUGUAUGGUUGUGGAGUGGAUGUUGUUCUUGUUGUUCUUUCUAGCAAGUAG